CGAAAAUCUCAGGCUAGGAGAAGUCAUCAACUACAGAAAAUUAACUCAACCUAUGGGUGUCCUCUACUUCGAGAUGAAGGUUGAGUCCACUUAUCAACUUUUGAUUCGUUCUGAGGACUCUUUCGGUAACCCAAAUGCUAUUGUCACUACUGUUAUAGUUCCACAUAAUGCUGACCCAUCAAAGAUCUUAUCUUAUCAGCCAGCCGUUGAUGCUGCUAACCCGAACUGUGCCCCAUCGUAUGCUUUGCAACUUGGUUCUGAUCCAGGAACAUGGAUCACCACCAGAUCGAGCAAUUAGUUUCUCAGUCUGGAUUAUACGAAGGAUGGAUUUUGGUUGUUCCAGAUUACUUGGGUCCAAAAGCUGCCUUCGCUGUAGGACUUCAAGCUGCCCACGCUACAUUGAACUCAUUGAGAGCAGUUGUCGCAUCGGGAGACAUUACUGGGGUCAACAAAGAUGCUGAAAUUGUUCUCUGGGGCUACUCUGGAGGUUCCCAACCAACUGUUUGGGCUGCUGCCUUGUUUGACCAAUAUGCUCCUGAAUUGAACAUUAUUGGUGCAGCAGCUGGUGGUAUCCUUGUGAGUCCUACGCACAUUUCCAACAUUACUAUGGAUGGCAUUUUUGCUGGUUUAAUCAUAAAUGCUAUCAAUGGUCUUGCAAAUGAAUACGAGGACUUGACUCCAUUUAUCAAGGAAAACUUCUAUGAAGGGAUUCAAGACAAAUUUUUCAAGGUUAAAACACAAUGUUUGGCAUCAACUGUUUUUGAAACUAUCUUUACGACUUGGGACGAUCUUACUCCUUUGGGUUAUAAAGUAUUAGAUGCUCCUAUUGUCAAGAAAUAUACCGGCAUCAAUAACUUGCUCAACUUGAACUCCACACCAUCGGUACCAUUAUUCUUCUAUAACUCUCAGGGGGAUGAAAUUAUUCCAGCAGUUGAUGCCGAUCAACUUUACGACAAAUGGUGCAGCGAAGGUGCAAUUAUUGAAUAUCACCAAGAUGAAACUGGAAAGCACCUUACCCAAGUAUUAGCUGGCUCUGCAAUUGCCUUCAAUUGGCUCAAAAGAAGAUUCUCAGGAGCUACUUUGGAGAACAAAUGCAAAAAGACGAUAACUUUCUCCAAUAUAUUUGAUAUUGAAGGUUUUGGCAGCUUUGCCAAAAUUAUUGGAGAUGCUAUUUCGACUUUUAAGGAACAGGAAAUCGGUCCAAAAUCUCCUUCGUCUUCUUCCCCCUUAAUUUCGAACGCUUCAAUUUCCACUUCUGUUACCCUGACGUCAACUAAUUCUGGUGUGAGCUUAACAUCUACUUGCAGCAGACUCUUAGGUUUGCUUUUCGAUCUUUUUUUCUAACUGGAUUUAAAUCAGCAAAUUAAAAUGCCAUAGAGAGCCUGACGCUC